AUGGCCUCCGACGGCGACCUCGUCGCGCUCGUCGACUCCCUCGGCCAGAAGCAGGUCUUCGUGGUGGCGCACGACUGGGGCGCCUUGAUAGGCUGGAGCCUCUGCCUGUUCCGGCCGGAUAGGGUGAAGGCACUGGUCGCCUUGAGCGUCGCCUUCAACCCUCGGAACCCGGCGGUGAAGCCCGUGGACGCCUUCAGGGCUCUGUACGGGGAUGACUACUACGUCUGCCGCUUCCAGGAGCCUGGAGCAGUUGAAGUGGAAUUUAGGCGCCUUGGUACAGAGUUGGUGCUAAGAAAGUUUUUCGCUUAUCGAACUCCUGGCCCACUUUUCAUCCCGAAGAGCGGAUGGGGCUCACCAGAUGAGGAGGUGCCCUUGCCGAGUUGGAUCACGGAGGAGGACAUCAAGUACUACACGACCGAGUUUGACAAGUCUGGUUUCACCGGGGGAUUGAACUACUACCGUGCUUUGAAUAAAACAUGGGAUCUAACUUCACCAUGGACCGGAGCUGAGAUAAAGGUGCCAACCAAGUUCAUUGUUGGUGAUUUGGAUCUAACAUACAAUACUGCAGACGCACAAAAUUUCAUAAACAAAGGAGGCUUCAAAAAGUUUGUUCCAUUACUGGAUGAUGUGGUGAUAAUGAAGGAUGUCGCACAUUUCAUUAAUGAAGAAAAACCAAAGGAAAUUAGUGCACAUAUAAUCAGCUUCAUAAAUAAAUUCAACUAA